GCACACUCGUAAGAGAUCAGAACAUAAGCAGCGGUUAGUAGCGACACAAACUGCUCGCCAUGGCUCUCACGAAAGCAGUUGUCCUGGUCUUCUCGGCAACCGUGUUCUUAUCCGUGUUGCACCGUUCCUCGGGCUAUGCUACAAUCGGAAAGGUCCCCGUCGAAAAUGGUAAUUGUGUGUACAACGGGACGGAAGUAUCUCCGCACGAGCCACUGAAGCUGGAGCAUCCCUGCGAGGAAUGGGUGUGUGACCCAGCUACAGGGGAACUCUCCACUACAGGGUGCAGUCCAGUGGAACCAGGCCUAGGUUGCAUUGCACUCAAAGGCAGUGGAGUCUAUCCGGAGUGUUGCGAACAUAUAGCCUGCUACUAAAGGUCUGCGUGAUUACAUAUUGCCGGUACUGACGCACGCGUGCGCAAACUGUUGCAUACUCCUGGCUUUGCUUUUCGAAUAAACAGUUGCAGUUUUGCG